AUGCCGAACCUUAUGAAGCGUCUGCGGAAGCUGAAAACUGUCCUCAAUGUCCGUGUCGGAACAGGCGCCGCAAUCUUUCCCUCCGCCGCUACCGCAACCCCCGAAUACCCAGCCGUCACACGCCUACACCUCACAUAUGCUCGCAAGAUCUACGGCGGACACCAAGGAGCGCGGCAUUUCUGGCGGAAUUGCCUCACCCGACUCAAGUACCACAACCCGGGUGUCCCUAUGACCGUGAAGCAGACCGAAAACCAGGAAGGACCCGCCUCUUUGACGGUAUACUUUGCAGAGAAGCUCAGCAAAGCUGCGUCGCUGAACACCGCGGACAAGGACGAGCAUGCGCCCGCACCCUCUGCGACGGAGAAGACGGCUACCGUUGAUGUCCGCAACCUCAACUACACCGAUAUCUGGAUGAAAGUGAAGAACAUGACGGGGGCACAGGAGGUGGCCGCGACUGAGAAAGAACAGGAAGAACUGCAGAAGAUCGAACAGGAAGCACAGAAGUCCGUCAAGGACCGAGCGCGUAUUGCUGCCAUGCGACAGGCGAAGCUGGAUCACGAGAGGAUGUUGGCAGCGGCAAAGGGAGAGGCUGCGAAGCUGAGUCAAGGGUGA